AUGGAAUGUUGCCCGGAUGGUGAUGACGACGACGAUGAGCCAACUUUGUCUGCUGAAGCCAUUGCUGCGCUGGCGGAAUUUUAUGCCGAGAAAAAUGCACUCACUAAAACAACAGUUGAUGAGGAUUGGCAGCGAAUAACCUCAGGACAUGCUACGGUCAGGCUGUUCGAAUAUGAUCGACGAUUUUUGUGGAAAUUUCCGGAAGAAUUUGUUUUUUACGACUACAACGAACCAUUGAAAAUUCAAGAAGACUGUCGAAAUGCGUUUGAUUUGGUUGUAAUUGAUCCGCCAUUUUUGUCCGAUGAAUGCCUUGUUAAAAUGGCACAAACAGUGCGAAUGCUUGCCUCCGGUUGCCAGUCAAAAUUGCUCAUUUGCACAGGAGCGGCUAUGACUGAUCUAGUAAGUUUCUAUGCGUUUUGUGCUGUGUGAUA